AUGACACACAGCAGCAGCAUGGUGGAUGUAAGCAAGUGGCCAAUAUUUACCUUGCUGUCACCUCAAGAAAUAACAUCUAUUCGGAAAGCAUGCGUGUUUGGCACGUCAGCCAACGAAGCUAUAUACAUUACGCACAAUGACGAGGUGUUUGUUUUUGGACUGAAUUGCAGUAAUUGCUUGGGAACUGGAGAUAAUCAGAGCACAAUAGUACCAAAGAAAUUAGAGGCCUUAUGUGGAAAGAAGAUUUCCAGUCUCAGUUAUGGAAGUGGACCCCAUAUUGUACUUUGCACGGAAGAUGGUGAAGUGUAUGCUUGGGGACAUAAUGGUUACAGCCAGCUUGGGAAUGGCACAACCAAUCAGGGUAUUACUCCUGUUCAAGUUUGCACAAAUCUGCUAAUAAAGAAAGUGGUGGAAGUAGCUUGCGGCUCUCAUCAUUCCAUGGCGCUGUCCUUUGAUGGGGAUCUGUACGCUUGGGGCUAUAAUAACUGUGGUCAAGUCGGAUCUGGAUCGACAGCAAACCAGCCAACUCCUCGGAGAGUUUCAAACUGUUUACAGGGUAAAAUGGUAGUCGGCAUUGCUUGCGGGCAGACCUCCUCCAUGGCCGUAGUAAACAACGGUGAGGUUUAUGGCUGGGGUUACAACGGUAACGGUCAGCUGGGUCUUGGAAACAACGGCAAUCAGCUAACACCAUGCAGGGUGGCAGCGUUACAUGGUGUGUGCGUACUCCAGAUUGCCUGUGGCUACGCGCACACGCUAGCACUAACAGACGAGGGUUUGCUCUAUGCCUGGGGAGCUAACACUUACGGGCAGCUGGGAACUGGCAAUAAAAGUAACCAGCUAAGCCCCGUGCAGAUCAUGAUGGAAAAAGAAAGGGUUGUGGAGAUCGCAGCCUGCCACUCCGCUCACACGUCAGCUGCCAAGACCCAGAGCGGCCAGGUGUACAUGUGGGGCCAGUGCCGUGGGCAGUCGGUGAUCCUCCCCCACCUCACUCACUUUGCCUGCACUGACGACGUCUUUGCUUGCUUCGCCACCCCUGCCGUCAUGUGGCGUCUCCUGUCAGUAGAGCACGAAGACUUUUUAACAGUAGCAGAAUCUCUGAAAAAAGAGUUUGACAGCCCAGAAACGUCAGACCUGAAGUUCCGUGUGGAUGGAAAGUACAUCCACGUCCACAAAGCUGUUCUGAAAAUCAGGUGUGAACACUUCAGGACCAUGUUCCAGUCAUACUGGAAUGAGGAUAUGAAGGAAGUGAUAGAAAUAGACCAGUUUUCUUACCCCGUGUAUCGUGCCUUUCUCGAGUACUUGUAUACAGACAGUGUUGACCUGCCGCCGGAAGAUGCAAUAGGACUUUUGGAUUUGGCUACUUCGUACUGUGAAAACAGACUGAAGAAACUGUGUCAGCACAUUAUCAAGAGAGGAAUUACCGUGGAAAACGCGUUUUCGUUGCUCUCUGCUGCUGUCAGAUACGAUGCAGAGGACUUGGAGGAAUUCUGCUUCAAGUUUUGUGUCAAUCAUUUGACGGAAGUGACACAAACGACAGCGUUCUGGCAGAUGGACGGUCCCCUGCUGAAGGAAUUCAUUGCUAAAGCCAGUAAAUGCGGAGCCUUCAAGAACUGA